GGGAGGGGAGAGGGGUAGAGGAGUGGACAGACACUGGUAUCGGAGGGGGAGGCGUUUGGCUCGGUGAAGACGGGGAGUGAACGAGCAGAGAGGGUGAGAAACCAGCGGAUCUGGCCCUUUAAAUCACCAAUACAGCGCAUUCGGAGAGUCAAGCCAAUGUGAGCUCAGCCAUCACCCAGCUCUGUCGUUUUGACUUGGCAACUGUUUUACGGCCGUCCCUGCACCGCUCACAGUCAACCUCUCCAUCCAGUCACAUUAGUGUUCAGAGGGAGUCCUGUCUGUGCACCAUCAGUCAGUUUUCUCCUGUGUUGGUGUAUUCUGAUGGAUCAAUAUGUCUACCACUAAUAAUAUCGCCCAGGCCAGGAAACUGGUGGAACAGCUGAGGAUUGAGGCAGGGAUUGAACGCAUUAAGGUGUCAAAAGCAGCAGCAGACCUAAUGAGUUACUGUGAGCAGCACGCUCGUAGCGACCCUCUGCUGGUUGGGGUUCCCACCUCCGAAAACCCUUUCAAGGACAAGAAACCCUGCAUCAUCCUAUAGCUGCGCUCCACUCUUCCUGCCCCUACACACACACACACACACACACAUAAACACACAUUCACAUACAUUCAUGCACAUACAGACAAACACUCACACAUAAACAUACACAUUCAAUACCUAAAUUGAUCCCCAGGCUUCCCCAGACCACACACACACACACACACACAUGCAAACACACAACCUCAAGCAUCCCUGUCCAAUCUUACAGGGCUAUGUCUAGUAUUCACAUGCACACACUCACACAGAAACACACACUCCCAAAAUAGCCACUCUGGAAAAGCGCCAUACCCCAGAGCCACAGCUAAGGGGCAGGUAUCAUGUGCUCACAGUGGCCGAAAUCAGUAUAUCACUGAGUAUGAUCCAAGGUGCUUUGGUAAUAUUCAUAUAUGCUGGUAAAUUAAAUACAAGUGUCAGCUUAACUUGAAAAGGGAUUUGGACAUUAAUAAUCAGUAGGGAACUGGGAUUUUAUUUCUUUUGUCAUGAAAUGAGGGGCUGUGUAAAGGAUGGACAGCUGUGCCAUAGGCAGGGAGUGGGAGGAUGCAUGCGGGCAACAGAAACAGGCGGUAGGCGCUUCUGCCGACCGUGCCAAACACGACCUGGUGUCCCAUUAAAAGCUCAAUAAAUGCUUUUUUUUUCUUUUGUGGGAGUUAUAAAGGUCUGAGAGCUUUGUCCUCAAACCUGCCUGUGCUAAAUCAUGGCGGGGCCUUUCGAAGCAAGUGGCUAAAGCCUUUGCCUUUAUCGGGCUAUAGCAUGUUUCCACCCAAACCUGUAUCAACAGACCUUCUCUGCCUGUGGCCUCACUAUGGCCGUCUGCAGCCUUUGGCCAAACCUCCAGCUGUGCCAACCUGUACAGAAAGUCGUCUCCGUAGAUGCUGAUCUGCUGUCACUGAUUCCACAGCAGCUUAUUAUGGCUGCUGUUGGCUAAAAUCGAUGUCUAACCUGACCUCAGAUCUGCACCUAUGAGGGGAACACAGCUCUAUACAGAACUCAAGCUAUUAACCCCGGACGUUUACUGCAUUUUUCUUAAGAAAUACUUGUUUGUGAACUCAAUGUAUGUUUUGAUAUUUUGUUGAAGCAUUACUUAACAGAUAAGGUAAUACUGUACUUUUUUUUUUUUUUGAUUGUUUUGCUUUUUCAUAGGUGUUGCUCCUGGCUGAUCAGGUUUCUUUUCCUGCUAGUAUUAAUGAAAUGACUGGAGAUCUGAUUGCUAGCCAGGGGUAAUACCUAACCAGAUACCUGCUAGAAUCUUAAACAAAGGUUUCUACUGUACAUCAAGCCUCCCUGUGCUUUACCCUGAGAGAGGGCGAGGUCGCAGACUGACCACACCCCUGAGACUCAGUCUGCAAGGACUGCAGUGCUGGAGGAGAAUGCCCCAAGUUUAAAAACUAAAAAUGAAGCUGUCCCAGAAAGUUAAAAUUGAGCUUUCCAGUUUCUACCCUCUCCACUCAUGAUGGAUUCUUUUCACUGGCAGGCAGAAAAGAAAGAUUGCAUGGGAUAGUGCAAAGAUGGAGGUGUUUGUUUCAUUCAACUCUGUAGUGGAGAAGAGGGUCUUGUUUUAAUGCAUAAUAAUUCUGGCUAUAAAUCAGGAAGUAUAUUUGUUGCCUGGCUUUACCAGUCUUUAAAGUUUCCAGUCUCUCCGGUGUAACAGCUCUCUUUAAUGUGAGCUCAAACUGGUCAUGGGAUCGGAUCUGUAAGAGCUGGCAGUCCCUUCUCGGUUUCCUCUUUCCUCCUGUCCUCCUCAACGCUCCUCCUCUCUGAAAAACCAAACUUGAUUGUAAAAAAUGAAGAUGAAGUGGGGAAAAAAAUGAAGUUAAGAGAAACAAACUAAGUGUAUAAACUUUCUUUCAGACAUGUGCAGAAGUGAUAAGUUGAAGAGUAGCUGUUUUGGGUUUAUUUUUGAGUUUUCUUCUUUCUAUGGAGUCCAUGGAACCUGGUGAGUUGAGUAUUACCCUGUACAGUGUUUGUAAGAUACAAAAUCUAAACACAGAAUCCCCCUCUGUGGAUGUUGGAUUUUUUUAGUACUACUUAUUCUGUUCUGUCAGUCAGGAUCAUGUCUGUCUUCAUUUUAUUUUUUGUUGUCAUUCAGGUUUUAGAGGCUUGCGAUAGCGGAGGUUGGUUUUAACCACAGAUACAAAUACAACCACCUGAUGAGGAUAAAAUAAUGUAAAAUAGAAAUGUCAGCCCUGUUAGGUUUAGGAUUAUAUCCUGUUAGAGGAUGAAUCAACAUCGGACCUCAUUCCAGUGGCAAAAACCAACCUCCUGAUCUAUCCUUAAACACCAGAGCAGCCCACAGAUUUUAAGUUUUUCUCAAGCGUUGGUUUUGGUGGGCGACAAACAAUGAGGACAACACACAUAUACACAACACACACCUACACUCUCUCUUGCAGUUGCUUUUUAGGCUCGAGGGAUGAUUGUCAGAGGUCAAAAGUUAAAGGAGCUGUGAGGGCAUGGCGUUGUGAGCUGGGUUUUGACGGUUAAUUGCUGAAAGAGGAGACCUUUGUGCCGUCAUAUUUACGAGUUAGCAUUUAGCCAAGGCUUUUGUCAGGAGUUCCAUACAGUGAUAGAGGAGGGUGGGGUCAUUUGAACAGGAUUUAUCACUGCUGAUUGACUGUCUUGGGGGUUAAGCCCACUGCUUUUCUGUUCUCUAAUCACUAGGUCAAUAUGACCCACCUGUCACACUGACAGGACUUUUUCUGGAGGUGGUGAGAGGUGAGCAGUUGUUUGUGUGUUAAUAGGUCCACACCUACUCAUUUGAGAGUGUGUGUGCUGAAGGCCACCGCAUAAAUAUCUACCGUAAAAAGUAACUUUGUGUUGCAUUGAGUCCUUAGACAUUAUCUUGAAAAAAGGCACCUGUUUGGCAGAUUUGUGAGCUUGUCUUUAGAGGAAUAGUUGAGAAAUAUGCUAGUUCACUUUUCUGUGAGAUUUAGUGGAGAUUAGAUUAAUAUCACUCUCUGUGAGGUAAGCUGUCACCAGCAGUAAGUUAACUUAGCUCAGCAUAAGGACUGGAAACAGCAUGCCUGGCUCUGUUGAAAGGUAAUAAAAUCCACCAACCAACAUCUCUAAAGCUCACUAAUUUGCACAUUAUAUUUAAUUUAUAUAAUUGCUAAAAAUACAGUUUGCAGUUUGCAGUUUGUUUUUCUUUAGAGGUCAUAGCAGGCAGAUUUUCUUACCUUUGAACACAGCUAGUUAAGGUGUGUCCCCUUGUUUACAAUCUUUAUGCUAAGCUAGGCUAACCAGCUGCUGGCUGUAGCUUCAUUUCUGACAUUCAUACAGUGCUAUCAAUUUUCUCAUCUAGUUCUCUGCAAGAAAACAUAUUUCAGCAUACAAACUUGAUGAUACAAAACAAGGUUAAAUCUCCAAUUAACAUCACUGUUUUUUUCACUCUAGGCGAUGGCUCCUGAUACAAAGCCCUGCUUCAUCUUUCAGUUGCCUUUGUUCCUGCCAGAGAGAGCAGGCCGUUCCCAAAGUACAGAGAGAGCAGGAGCUGGAGAAAGGCCAUAGUGAGUGCUGAGGGUAUGUGUGUUUGUGUGCAUGUGCGUGUGUGUGGGUGUGUGUUGGAUGGUAGCAUUUGGGAGAUGGAAGGAUGAUUUGGCAGAGCAGUAGGCAGAGAGGAGAAAAUAGAGGUGCAGGCGUGUGUGUGUGUGUACGCCUGUAUUUAUGCAUUUGCAAGAGAGACGCAUUGUGUAAGAACAUGCAGGACCUCUAGUGCGGUGCAGAGUGUCACAUAGUAAUGUUACAGUACUGCAGUCCUACAAUUACAGGUCAGGGUGAUUCUGACCAGAGGAGAGGUCAUGUGACACUGUGUGAGUCAGAACAGCAUGUAUGGCCUCCACUCAUUUUAGAGAAGCAUAAAAUAGGAUUCAGUCACAUGCUAAAACUGUUUAGUUGAAAUGUAGGAAGUGAUGUUGAUGUGAUGACCAAUAAUAACCUUAAUAAUAGUCCAAAGCUGACAUAUUCAUUUAUUUAAAGACUUUGUUUUUCAGUUUAGUUAUAUCUGUGCCUGUAUCAGCUAUGUUAUAUUAGCUGCAGUGCUUAUUUCACCACUCAUUUAAGCCUUAGUGACCUUAAGGAAUAGUUCAAUUUCUUGCCAAGAGUUAGAUUAGAAAAUAGAUACCAUUUUCAUGUCUGUUUGUAGAAUAUGAUGCUACAAUCUGCAGCCUGUUAGCCUAGCUUAACUUUAAGACUGGAAACGGGGAAACAGCUAGCCUGGCCCUGUUCAAAGGCAACAAAAUAAGCCUAUCAGCACCUCUAAAGUUCACUAAUUCACAUGCUAUAUUGUGUUGGGGUCUUGAAGUUGCGCAGACUCCAUGAUAUUACUGCACCUAGCCAAGAAAUAGUCCAGCUCAUAAAAUGAGAACUUUUCUUUUUUAUACUUUGGUUUUUGUAAAAAUUAAACAAAUGAUAUAUAAUGUGUUACUGAAUGAGCUUUAGAAGUGCUGGUAGUUUGGUUUUGUUAUCUUUAUACAGAGCUAGGCUUGCUAUCCCCCCAGUUUCCAGUCUUUAUGCUAAGUUAAGCUAACCAGCUGCUGGCUGUAGCUUUAUGUUUAGCAAACAUAUAUGGAAGUAUAUAUUCUUCAAAUCUAACUCUCAGCAGGAAUGCAAACAAGCAUAUUUCUCUUUCUUUGAAUUACAUAAAUUCUUUAUCUUAUCUGUAGAGAUAAUUAAAGAGAAAACAACAGAAGAAAUAAUAAUGACUGUACAAACAGAAACCUGAGUGCACAUCGCAGUGACAGGUAGGAAGUUACUUAUCUGGGAUAAGUUUACUUUCCCAGAACCUUAUCUGUUGUAAGACUGAGGAAAUAACUGAAUCACUUUUAGGAAAGGAAAUGCAGUUCCUUGUUAUUUUUUACAACUAAACUUAAAGAGGUUUACAGCUUCAGAAGACUCGCACAACAUAAAACAGGCACGCCUAUCAUAUCAGCACACACACAUGCAUACACUGAUGUUGUCCUGAUGGUGUCUGACAGAUGCUGUUUAUUAUUAUUUUUUUUAUCAUCAUUGUUUUCCAAUCAUUCCAUUGCUGGUUGGGCUUACAAUCAGAGACAGCCAGCCGUUGGUUUGGCUGACAGUUUGUCUGAUUGGUUGGUUGUUAGUUUGCCUUAUAGUGGCGUAUAUUGUGUUAAUGCUGGUGUUGGGGUUAUCAGAUCAACAGAAUGAACAGUCUUAAAGUAGAACACAUGGCUCAAGAUGGAAAUCCACUGGUGUUGUGACACAAAUUGCGAGCCCUGGUGAAAUUCAUGUCUGGUCAGGUGGGGAGAGUUGAGGCUCCUCACUGGUGGACUUUCAUAUCAAACAUCACUGAAUCGGCUCUGAGCCCUUCCCGAGACUCAUCUUUUGUGUUCUGAUCUCCUGUGUAUGCAUACAGUAUAUGUAUCUUUUUGCCUUGAUUGAUUAUGAAGAAAAUAUAUCUAUUUUUUGUAACUGUUCUCUGAUGUGCCAUAACUCAUGUUUUCUUGCACACUGUUAAUAUUUUGUGGAUAUUGCUGUUAAAAAAGACGAUAUUGAGAAGUAGAUAACAUUAAUAAAAAGAUGAUAUAAUAACACA